AUGGAAAGAAACGAGAGGGCUGAUUCUGCAGAUGGAAGAGUAUUUCCUCAAAUGGUUGUGGGUCUUGAAACGGGUCAAGUUGGUCCGGUUCUUCGCUCAAGAUCUACUGAUUCUACUCAAGCUGCAACUCAAGGGUCUGGGAAAGUAGAGAUAUCUAAUAGGGAGUUGAAGCGUAUUUUAGAAAAAGUGGUAGGUACGUCUAGGAAAGAUUGGUCCAAGAAAUUAGAUGAUACUUUAUGGGCUUACCGUACUGCAUUUAAAACUCCUAUUGGCAUGUCCCCUUACCAACUUGUUUAUGGAAAAUCUUGUCAUUUACUUGUGGAGUUAGAGCAUAAAGCUUAUUGGGCUACAAAAUUUCUAAACUUUGAUAUUAAGGAUGCUAGUGAGAAAAGACUUUUACAAUUGAAUGCAUUAGAUGAGUUUAAAUUCAGGCUUACCAAAAUGCUAGUAUUUACAAAGAGCGAACAAAGAAAUGGCAUGAUAGAAAAAUUGUCCAAAGAGAGUUUGUCCCAGGGCAGCAAGUUCUGCUCUAUAACUCUAGAUUGA